ACAGCAUAUAAAAAUGUCUUGGAAAACCUAUAAUAACUAGCUGUUUGACGCUCAUCUCUGAGAUAUCGAUAACUAGCGGUAAUCGAUAGACCUUAUAUAGGCGCCGGCAAAGUGUAAACUACAAAUAAAACUUUAAUUUGAUUCUAAUUUUUGAUGUAAAGCCGACGUUGACGAAUCCUAACGUGGAAAAAUGACCCAAUCAAGCUCAAUGAAGCUGCUGGGCGCCCGCAAUAUGUCCUGCAUUGUGGAGCGCAUGGAGUGGAAUAAUAAAAUGGAUCUAAUUGCCUAUGGAACAGAGAAAGGCGAGGUGGUCAUCCAACGAUUAAACUGGCAGAAGAUCGUUACCUUCCCCACGCCUGGGGAGGAUGUCCGGGUGCGCUCCCUCAGCUGGCAAAUGGAUGAAACUCUUCUGGCGGUCGGUUACAGCAAUGGAAAGGUGGCGCUACUGGAUGCCGAGAGCGAGACGAUCAUCUCGGGUCUCAUCUACGAGGACGACAUUAAAAAGGUCUACUUCAGCAAGGCCAUCAAUUCGCAGGAGAAUUUGGGUACCUACACAUGCAAUGCCAAGGACAAGCACCGAAAAUUCCUGCCCAAACUGCAGCCUCUGACCAACAUUGAUCCCUGCCUGAAAACACUAGACCAAAAGUCCUUUCCCAAGGGCUCGCCCUGCUUUCUUGUGGUGAUAAUGCGCAGUGGCAAGGUGCACCUAUUGCUCCUUGGAGCCCUGCAGGCGGGAAGCAUUGAUCUCACCCAGCACAUCCUCCAUCCGGAACAGUUUGAUGUGUAUGAUGUGCGGCUGAAUGGUGACUUUAAUGCCAUUUAUGCUCUCUUGAGAGACGGGCAGGAGCUGAAGAUGCUGCACUUCCACAAUCAAGUGCUGCAGGAGUGCAUGGCGCCGAUGCUGGAAUUGGCCACACAUUGUGCUCACAUCCUGGAAACCAAAAACUACAUUAAUGACACGCAACAAUGUUUAACAGAAGCCUGGGAGACCGUGCAACUGGAGAUGGACAACAAGCUGACUAAGUACGCCAACUCCCAGCCGUAUGGAUUGAUAUCAGCCCACUUUCUAGAGCUUCACGUUUUUGGAUUUGCUACCUUCGAGGUAGAGGAGUUUUUGUUCGAAACUCUGUCCGAGAAGGGCUUUAAGAAGAUUGCCAACUCUGUGGAUCUCAGUCUGAGCAACCUACAGGGCCUGGUUUUUAAGCAGCUAAAUGGGUCAGCUGUCAACAUGUUCUACUUUCUCAACACGAUCGCGGGAUUCGGUCGCAUGUCGCAUUUCUUUGAGUCGCUCAUCUCACCAGAUGUGGCCAACGAGGCGAUGCGAGCAUGUGGAGCUUUUGUCCUUAAAGUCCAUGAACUUCAGCGAACGAUAGACACUUUGGUGUACGACAUGAAGCUUUUUCACGCCUGGAUGAUAUUCACGAUACUCCGACUGUCCCAUCAGGAAAUACCCGAUGACCUGGUACUCACCGAGGAGGAGAAUAUUGCUAUGGCCGACUUCCUGUGCGCCAUGGAGCCAGAAUUAGAUGAUCGUAGCGAUGAUGAGGACGAAGUAGAGCCUAUUUCUGCCACGCCUCCACCAGUUCGCAGUAAAUUCAACUUGGAGCGGGUUGGUCAGUACCUGGACAAUAACUAUUUAACCCAGCCCUAUACCAAGGAUCCCAACCAGCUGUGGGAUGAGAUGGUGUCUGAUAACGAUUGCCUUAAUCACUGCAAAUUAUUUGUACCGCACGAUAAGAAUCUGUCUCUUGUGCAGCAGCGCGACAAGAUGUUCAAUGCCAUCGAUGCGGUAUUUCAUAAGCCGACAGAGAGCAUAAGCGGUAGUUUCAAGCUGUCCUCGACAGUCAUAUGCAAUGACCUGCCGCCCAUGGAGCCUGGCGAGGGACUGGAGGAUCGGGAAUUUGUUACCUGCAGCUAUUACGUUAACGAGGCAGCCAAAAGUGAUAUGAUGGCAUGCACCAUCAGCUGGCAGGAGGCCAUGAUCCUCGAGGUUAGUCGAGCGGGUGAUGGCCUGGUGCGGUGUACUAGAAUUCAACUUGAGCCGGGAAUUUUUACAUCAUCCGUUCAUGAGGAUUUCGCUAACCUGCGCUUUGUUGAUCUCCAAUUCUACAAUGAGUCUUCGCUUUCAAUUCUGGCUCAGUCGACAAGUGCCAGUGCCGGCAUGCGUCCACAUAGCUUCUUUGUACAAUUCUCAUUAAGUGCGGCGAGAAAUCAAUGUACACAGCACCAAAUGGGACCACUGGUCAAGCUGAAAGACGCCACAGUGACGCACAGCAUCCAUGAUAUUGUCGAUGGCGCAGCCUUCAAGGGAUUAGAUGGAUUGUGCGAUAUGCUAGCCGUUUCGGGCAGCAGAAAGGUGGCCACUGUUCUCUCCGAUCGCAAACGCAAGAUGACCAUUUUCGAAAUGGAAAUCGAGGAGGAGGAGGACGAUACGGAAAUGUCACAGGCCUCGUUUCUGGACAUGAGCAAAGAAUCUGUACUGGCCGGCGUUGCCGAUUCCGAAAAACCGGAUGCGUAGUCUAAAAGUCGUAAAGUCUUGUUAUUUUUAAAUAUAAAAAUAUUAUUUUGUGAUUAUUUAAGAUCUUGGAACUUAAAUUAUUCAAAUAAUUAAAUACCAGUUUUUCUUAUUAGUCUUUAUUGAAUUAGUUUCCCUUUCGACAUUUAUAUGAAUAUAAACAUGUUAAUAAAUAUUUUAAUAUUUAUAAUUA